CUAGGUUUUGUUUUGUUUUGUUUUGUUUUGAGUUGCAUUCCUAAUUCACCUAUCUGCUCUUUUUUUCUCUGUUUUACUUAUUCUUAAACGUUUAGAGGAAGUCCCCCAAAGUUAAGGUCACAAACACGCGAAGUCCCAGGAGGCCGACAAAACCUGCGCCCAGUGCGCAGACGCAGACGCGACGCUCUAGCGUAGGAAAGCGGAACCACAGUGCCUUCUGGGAGAUGGAGUCUAGGUGAGCGCGUGCCCGGCAGGAGCCUUCCGCUUCCGGACUCCAUUUCCCAGAAGGCGCAGUGCUCCCCGCCUGUUGCGUACUUCCUCUUGCCCUUUCCAGCUUGCCUCUAGCGAAUAGCCGUAUGGCGCGACGCAUUGUGGGAUCGUUCUUCCGGUGUUCAGAGUCAGGAGUAGUGGGCCGCCAUCUGACCUGGGAAGUCCGACUUCCAAACUUGGACUGUUGGUGCGGAUCCGAGGGGCCGAGCCCUGCGGGGGAGGGAGAGAGGGGAGAAGGAGUGCGCAGGCGCGGUGACCCCUUCACCAGUCCGCCCCCGCUGAGGCUUCCUACUCUAAUUGAUCGUAUGGGGGGGGGCGUAAAAGGGCCAUUAGACACGCGCGUCCGUGAAAGUGUUGGAGCUGGGGGGGGUCGGGCGCCCCCCCUACUACUCCCACAGGGCCGUCGUUGGUUUUGCAGAGGCCUAAGGAUGGGGUCAUGCACGUGGGCACAGACACUCUCCACGCGCGUGUACACACCCACCCACUCCAUGCUCACGUGCACACAUCACACCCACUAUGCACGCGCGCUUACUACAUACUCUGUACACCCCCGCCCACAGCAGACGUGCACACACCCCACACGCACACUUCGCCUACCCUACACACGCCCCCCACGUGUGGGCACACUUCCCCCGUGCACACACGUUUACAUACCCACACCCACACGCGCCGUGCACACACAUCCCCCGACAUGCACACACAUGUACGCGGCAUCGGCAGGACACCCUCCACACACCCUCAUAAAAUACCCCACGUGCACACACACACACACACACACACACACACACACACACGCACCUGCACGCACUCCCCUCACACGCACCAGGCACACACACAGCUUGCUCUUCCACUUCCCCCCCCCCAGGUACCUUCUGAGGUCAGGCCCCUCCUGCUGCCUCCCUUCCCACCCUGGGGAGGGUUUUCAGGGGCCUGGGGCGGGCCGGCUGAAGUGACCUUGCUUUUGAGCCCCCAGGUCCCAGCUCUCCGGGAAGGUGGUAGAGGCUGCCCCUGGGAGAAGGAGCCCCUCGCGCUGAAGGAGCCCCUCGUCUGCAGCUCCAGGGCAGCCCCUGGUGAGAGCGGGCCCGGGACCCCGCCGGCCUGGCCAUCUUGGCCGCCCUGGCUGGGCAGAGAGGGGGUGACCAUGGAACGCGUGGCCGGAGUGCUCGGAGGGAGAGGUGCUCUCCUUCCCCCAGACUGGGGUGCAGUGGCGGAGGCCCGGAGGACUUCUGGGGUCGUCCCCACCGGCCUUCGGGAAUCUGUGACCUUCAAGGACGUGGCCGUGGACUUCACCGGGGAGGAGUGGAGACGCCUGGAUCCUGCCCAGAGGGCCCUGUACAGGGACGUGAUGUUGGAGAACUAUGAGAACUUGGUCUCCCUUGGACUUCCUGUUUCCAAACUGGAUGUGAUCUCCCUGUUGGAGAGAGGGGAAGCCCCUUGGUGGCUCGAGGGAGGAGGCCUCCAAAGCCCUUGCUCAGAUGCCCUUAGUCAGGAGACCAGGUUUGAAACCAAAGAUGCAAGUCUGAUAAAAUGCAUUUACGUCAGGGAAUCAUCCAAGAUGAGACAUCUAGUGAAUAUUCCCUGGCACUCCAGGACAACAGAAUCAAUGGAACCAAUGGAAUGUUCUAUUAAUUUAGAGAUACAGAGGGGCAACCAGGAGAGACAAUCCAGACUAACAACAGCCCCACGGAGAACAACUUUUAAUGAAAUGACUGGACCACAUCAUAUAACUUUGGGAGGAAAUUGUAACCUGGCAUCCAUCUUUGUUCCAUCUUGGAGAAAUCCUGUGGAGAAAAGUCUCCAUAAAUAUGAGACACUUGAAAAGCAAGUAAAGGAUUUUUCUGACCUACUUAUUUGCAGUACGUUUUCCUUAGGGAAGAACCUUUCUAAGUAUGACAAAUGCAAGAAGCCCUUUAGUUACCACUCAGACCUAAUUAAAUUUCAUAGAACACAUACUGGAGAAAAGCUCCAUGAGAACAAUGAAAAGGGAAAAACCUUUGGUAGAAGAUCAUGUGUUACUGGGUAUCGGAAACUUCGAAUUGGAGAGAAACAUGAAUGUCACAGAUAUGGGAAAAUCUUUAGCCACCAAAGUAGAUUGAUUAAAAUGAAGAAAAUUAAUAUUAGAGAGAAGUCCUUUGAAUGUAAUGAAUGUGGGAAAGUCUUCAAUGAUAACAAAAUACUUGAAAACCAUCACAGAAUCCAUACUGGAGAGAAACCUUUUGAAUGUAAUGAGUGUGGGAAAGGCUUCAGCCAGAGAGGAAACCUUAUUACUCAUCAGAGAACUCACACUGGAGAGAAACCAUUUGAAUGUAAAGAAUGUGGGAAAGGCUUUAGCCAGAGGGGAACUCUCAUUAGCCAUCAGAGAACUCAUACUGGAGAGAAACCCUUUGAAUGUCAUGAAUGUGGGAAAGCCUUCAGUGAAUGGGGAUCUUUUAAUAGACAUCUUAGAACUCAUACUGGUGAGAAACCUUUUGAAUGUAAUGAAUGUGGGAAGGGAUUCAGCCAGAGGGGGACUCUCAUUAGCCAUCAGAGAACUCAUACUGGAGAAAAACCCUUUGAAUGUCAUGAAUGUGGAAAAGCCUUCACUUCAAGUAAUGGACUCAAAACACAUCAGAGAAAUCAUACAGGUGAAAAGCCCUUUGAAUGUCAUGAAUGUGGAAAAGCUUUCAGUGAACGUAAAGUACUCAGAAUCCACCAGAGAACUCAUACAGGAGUGAAACCCUUUGAAUGUAAUGAAUGUGGGAAGGCCUUCAGUGACAAUAAUGUCCUCAAAAGCCAUCAGAGAACUCAUACUGGAGAAAAACCCUUUGAAUGUCAGGAAUGUGGCAAAGGUUUCAGUCAGAAAGGAACACUUAUUAGCCAUCAGAGAACUCAUACUGGAGAGAAGCCCUUUGAAUGUCAGGAAUGUGGCAAAGGCUUCAGCUGGAGAGCAAGCCUUAUUGCCCAUCAGAGAACUCACACUGGAGAGAAACCCUUUGAAUGUAGUGAAUGUGGGAAAGGCUUCAGACAGAGGGCAAACCUUACUACACAUCAGAGAACUCAUACUGGAGAGAAACCUUUUGAAUGCAGUCAAUGUGGGAAAGCUUUUAGUAAGAGUAAUAUUCUCAAAACACAUCAAAGAACUCAUACUGGAUUGAAACCAUUUGAAUGUAAUCAAUGUGGAAAGGCUUUCAGUGAUGGUAAUGUUCUCAAAAGCCAUCAGAGAACUCACACUGGAGAGAAACCUUUUGAAUGUCAAGAAUGUGGGAAAGGCUUUAGUUGGAGGGCUAGCCUUAUUACCCAUAUGAGAACUCAUACUGGAGAGAAACCCUUUGAAUGUCAUGAAUGUGGGAAAGCCUUCAGUGAAUGGGGAUCAUUUAAUAAACAUCAGAGGACUCAUACUGGAGAGAAACCCUUUGAAUGUCAUGAAUGUGGGAAAGGAUUCAGACAGAGAGUAAACCUCAUUACCCAUCAUAGAAUUCAUACUGGUGAGAAACCUUUUGAAUGUAAUGAAUGUGGAAAAGCCUUUAGUGAGAAGGGACACCUUAUUAGACAUCAGAGAACUCAUACUGGAGAGAAAUCUUUUGAGUGUAAUGAAUGUGGGAAAGCCUUCGUAGAGAGGAGGUCCUUUAAUAGACAUCAGAGAACUCAUACUACAGGGAAAUCUUUUGAAUAUAAUGAAAAUGGAAUAGCCAUUAAUCAGUGGGGAACCCUUAUUAGCCAUGAGUCAAAUCACACUGGAGAGAACUCUUUGAAUAUAUUUAAUGUGGGCAACAAUUCAAACAGAGGACAAACCUUAUAAACCUAACAGAAAAUUUAGUUUAGAGGAGAAAGUGGAUAUUGGGAAGGCUUCAGGGAGAAAACAGGCUUAUUAGAAAUCAGAGAAUUCAUAGGGGAGAGAAACUAUUUGAAUAUUUUAUGUAUAUUUAUGCAUUUAAACCUCCAGCACCAGUAAAACACCUUAUGUAAUGACUACAGUAAUGUAAAACAACCUUGAAAUUUUUAGAAAUCUAAUCAAUGAAAUGAUAAUUUACAUUGAUUCAGUUGUAAGCAGUUAUCACAAGACGAAUUGGCAGUGAAGUCACUGAUUGUGCAUUCAGUAUAGGAAAUAGAUUUUCAGACAUAGCCAAGGGCACUUUGUUUUGUUUAACUAUGCUUAUUACCAGAGAGGGCUUUAGGUUGGAGUAGGGGGAGUUAUCAGGGCAGAUCGAGAGGCUAGGAAUUGUUGUUAUUCAGUUGUGUUCAACUCUUUGUGAACCUAUUUGGUGUUUUCUUGGCAGAGAUACUGGAGUGGUUUG